AUGGCCCCGCAAUCAUCAAAACCGCUGGCACCUGCCGCCGGCGGACCGACUUCGGACGAUAGCACUCCGAUUGGACCCCCAUCGGGCCUGUCGAGAAUACCUGCGCAGUACAAUUCUGAACAGGGCAUCCGGCAGAGCAUGAAGCACAUUGGAUGCGAUGAGGCACGAGAGGACGGCUACCGGCUGAAGGGCAUCCAGCUAAUUGACAGCGUCCGGCAGAGCCUGCAGUUGCCAGUCAGGACGUUCGACACAGCGGCGAUAUACUACCACAAGUUCCGUCUACGGUUCCCGAGCAAUGAGUACAACUACGAGGACGUUGCCUUGGCCGCUCUCUUCGUGGCUUGCAAGGCGGAGGACACGAUCAAGAAGUCCAAAGACAUCCUUUGCGCUGCGCACAACAUCCGGCAGCCUCAUGACCACAAGACACCAGAUGACAAGUGCUUUGAAGCCCCGUCGCGGUUCACUGUCGGGCUCGAACGGCACAUUCUCGAAACCAUCGGCUUCGACUUCCGGGUCCAAUAUCCGCAAAAGCUCCUGAUCAAGAUGGUGAGGAGGAUGUUUCCGCGGGAGAGCCCCGAGAGUCAGGAUGAGGGGAAGAAGUUCCUCCACGUCGCCUACAACAUGUCGCUCGACCUGUACAAGACGCUGGCGCCCAUCAAACAGACCGCAUUCACCCUAGUCCUGGCCAUUCUCGAGUUGACGGCGCUGCUGAUGAGCACGGAUCCUGGCAGGACACAAGAGUUCCAAACGGCGGCAUCCUGGCACACGGAGCGAGCAUGCGUGGUAGAAACCAUAUUAGAUCUGCUGGAUCUCUACACGCAGUUCCCAAAGUCCACCAAAAUCGGCGUCCGCUUCGACCUAAAGAAACUGAUGGACGUCAAAAUCGAGAUGAACAAUCUCGUCGCCAGGGAGAAGCACUCGCGCUAUCAUGGAUGGUGCGAUCGCUGCGCCCCUGAUUUGUUGGACACCCGCUCUGUCACGCCAGGCUCAGCAACGUCCCCAGCAACCAACCCUUCAGCCCCGGGAAGCAGCUCGGUGAAGCGAAAGCGGACCGCCAGCGAAGGGACACAGCGGUUUGUAUUCGAUGCCGCCGAAGCGCGCAAAGAGAAGGAUCUCGUUUCGCGCUACUUCAACGACGAAUACGAAGAGCAUGAGGUGGAAGUCGAGGAGCCGGUUCGGGAGCCGGAGCCCCGCCAUCCCAGCCGAAGCAACCAUGCCCCAAGCGGUCACGGUCACAACCACGCAGAUCACGGGUGGCCAGGAUACCAUCGAAGCAACAGACACGGCCCGCCCAACGACCGGCAUCGAGGUCGGCGCGGCCACGGCUACUGA